AGUGCUGUUUAUGUCUAUAACCUGAGUAAGAUUUCUUUCAGAUGUAAUGAGGCGCAUAAAUGUUCUAAAAGAUGAGGCCAAAAGGAUUGCUGAGAAUGCCACUCUUAGUGAGGGUGAGAAGAAGAAGAUAAAUGCUGCUAAAUACUCAGCCAUGAUGGCUCCAAUCGUUGUGGCCUUGGAACGCCGUCUGGCUUCAACUUCUAGGAAGCCUGAGACACCUCAUGAAUUAUGGUUCCAUCAAGAAUAUAGAGAACAGCUGAAAUCUGCCAUCUUAACCUUUAAGACUCCCCCAGGAUCUGCUGCUGCACUGGGAGAUGUGUGGCGACCCUUUGACAGUAUUGCUGCAUCCUUGGCAUCUUAUCAGAGAAAGUCUUCAAUAUCUUUAGGUGAAGUUGCCCCACAGCUGGCUAUGUUAUCAUCUUCUGAUGUUCCAAUGCCUGGUCUUGAGAAGCAAGUCACUGCAUCUGAAUCAAACAGAGGUCUCACUUCAACUCUUCAGGAAAUUGUCACAAUUGCUUCAUUCUCAGAACAGCUUACUAUCUUACCAACCAAGACAAAACCUAAGAAACUUGGUAUGCUGGGUUCAGAUGGAAAAAUGUACACAUAUCUGUUGAAAGGGCGGGAGGACUUACGCCUUGAUGCUAGAAUCAUGCAGUUGCUACAAGCUAUAAAUAGUUUUCUACGUUCAUCUUCUGCAACUUACCAUCGUUUUCUCAACAUUCGCUAUUAUUCUGUUACUCCAAUCAGCGGUCGUGCUGGUCUUAUCCAAUGGGUGGACAAUGUAAUAAGCAUAUACAGCAUCUUUAAGUCCUGGCAAAAUCGUGUACAGCUUGCCCAACUUUCAUCAUUAGGUGCUGGGAAUGCAAAAGGUUCUGUUCUUCCACCCAUUCCUCGUCCAAGUGAUAUGUUCUAUGGUAAAAUCAUACCAGCUCUUAAAGAAAAAGGAAUUAGAAGAGUGAUUUCUCGAAGAGACUGGCCUCAUGAAGUCAAGUGCAAAGUUCUUCUGGAUCUUAUGAAGGAGGUCCCUAAACAGCUUCUGCAUCAGGAACUUUGGUGUGCUAGUGAAGGGUUCAAAGCCUUCAGCUCAAAACUGAAAAGGUACACAGGAAGUGUUGCAGCCAUGAGUAUGGUGGGUCAUGUUCUGGGAUUGGGGGAUAGACAUUUGGAUAAUAUUCUUAUGGAUUUUAUCAGUGGGGAUGUAGUUCAUAUUGAUUACAAUGUUUGUUUUGACAAAGGGCAAAGACUAAAGGUUCCUGAGAUUGUUCCCUUCCGUCUUACACAGACAAUUGAGGCAGCUUUAGGACUAACUGGAAUAGAAGGUAGUUUUAGAGCAAAUUGUGAGGCAGUCAUUAGUGUUUUGAGGAAGAACAAGGACAUCCUCUUAAUGCUGCUAGAAGUAUUUGUGUGGGAUCCGCUAGUAGAAUGGACACGUGGAGAUUUUCAUGAUGAUGCAGCAAUUGGUGGCGAAGAGAGAAAAGGCAUGGAGUUGGCAGUUAGCUUGAGUUUAUUUGCAUCUCGAGUGCAAGAAAUUCGUGUUCCUUUGCAGGAACAUCGUGAUCUUUUGUUGACUACAUUACCUGCUGUUGAAUCUGCUCUCGAGAGGUUUGCUGAUGUUCUAAAGAAAUAUGAGCUUGCAUCUGCUCUUUUUUAUCAAGCUGACCAGGAGAGAUCUAAUCUUAUUCUACAUGAGACAUCUGCAAAGUCAGUGGUUUCCGAAGCAACUUGCAAUUCGGAGAAAACUCGUGCAUCAUAUGAAAUUCAGGCUCUAGAAUUUGCCCAAGCAAAAACGGUGGUAGCUGAGAAAGCUCAAGAAGCAACAACUUGGAUUGAACAGCAUGGAAGGGUCCUUGAUGCUUUACGAGGCAAUUUAAUUCCUGAAAUAAAUGCCAUCAUGAAUCUCAGUGGCAUGCUAGAUGCUUUUUCUCUAACGUCUGCUGUUCUAGUGGCUGGAGUUCCAUUGACUAUUGUUCCUGAGCCCACACAAGUACAAUGUCACGAUAUAGAUAGGGAAGUUUCACAGCUAAUUUCUGAGUUGGAUCAUGGACUCUCUUCUGGAAAAACUGCACUUCAAGCAUACUCUUUGGCUUUGCAGAGAGUCCUGCCUUUGAAUUACCUUACAACCAGUGCACUGCAUGGUUGGGCACAAGUUCUGCAACUAUCUGCAAAUGCCCUUUCCCCUGACCUCCUCUCUCUGGCAAGAAGACAGGCUGCUGAACUGAUUGCAAAGGUGCACGGGGAUAAUGUUGAUUUUAUUAAAAGCAAUCAUGCUAAUCUCUGUCACAGAGUGGAGAAGUAUGCAGUUGAGAUAGAAAAAGUUGAGGAGGAGUGUGCUGAGCUAGUAAACUCAAUUGGCUCAGAGACUGAGAUAAAAGCUAAGGAUCGUCUUAUUUCUGCUUUCAUGAAAUACAUGCAGUCUGCUGGUCUAAGGAAAGAAGAUGCUAAUAAUUCUGCUCAAUCUGAAGAAUCAAAAUACCAGGGAACAAAGGAUGCCAGUGUGCGAGGGGAGCUCGAAGAGAAGAUGGAGAAGGUACUGUCUGUUCUAAAUGUAGCUAUAAGCUCAUUAUAUAAUGAUGUCAAGCAUAGAGUGCUUGACAUAUUCAGCAAUCCCGUGGGGGGAAGAAAUGACAACAGCGUAGUGCAAUGUGAUCCUGGAACUAUCUUCUCUCAGAUUGAAGAGCAAGUAGAAAAAUGCAUUCUUGUGGCUGACUUUGUUAAUGAAUUGCAACAGCAAAUUGGAAGAGACAUAACUGACGUUGAUACAAAUAUAGACUUUCCAAAGUACUAUGAUGGACACUGGGCUUCCAUCUUCAAAACUAUUUUACUUUCCUUCAAGAGUUUGGUGGGGAAAAUGACUGAGGUUGUAUUACCAGAUGUAAUGAGAUCUGCAGUUUCAUUCAAUACAGAAGUUAUGGAUGCAUUUGGUUUAAUUUCACAAGUGAGGGGAUCCAUUGACACAGCACUGGAGCAGUUAAUGGAGGUUGAAUUGGAGAAGGCAUCCUUGGUUGAAUUGGAACAAAAUUACUUUGUUAAGGUUGGCCUCAUUACUGAGAAGCAGUUGGCUCUUGAAGAAGCUGCCAUGAAGAGCCGGGAUCAUUUAUCCUGGGAAGAAGCUGAGGAGCUUGCCUCGCAAGAAGAAGCUUGCAGGGCACAACUGGACCAACUCCAUCAAACUUGGAACCAAAGAGACAAACGGACUUCUUCUAUCAUAAAGAGGGAAGCUGAUGUUAAGAAUACCUUGGUUUCUUGUGAACACCAUUUUCAAUCUCUAAUUAAUGCUGAAGAGGUUAGGGAGCUCCAUCAUUUGAGAAGCAAAGUACUACUUGCAGAAUUAGUUAAACCAUUUGCUGAAUUGGAAUCAUUUGAUGAAGUGUUGUCUAAAUCUGGCAAUGCAUUUGUAUCCUACUCAGAUGGUGUUCCUAAUUUAUUGGACUUCAUGAGUUCUGGACGCUCAGUGUAUGAGUACAUUUGGAAUUCUGGCAACUCAUUGAACGGCCAUUCCUUUUUUAUUUGGAAGAUAGGCAUUCUGGAUUCUAUUCUUGAUUCAUGCAUACAUGAUGUGGCUUCGUCAGUGGAUCAAAAUUUAGGAUUUGAACAGCUUUUUAAUAUUGUAAAGAGAAAGCUUGAAAUCCAACUUCAAGAACAAAUUGGCUUCUACCUUAAACAACGAGUUGUUCCUGCUCUACUGUCUUGUUUAGACAAAGAAAAUGAGCAUUUGAAGCUACUCACAGAUGGAAGAAAGGAUCUUAAUGACCAAGUGAAGAAGGAUGUUGGGUCCGUGAAAAGGGUCCGACAUAUGCUUGAGGAGUACUGCAAUGCACAUGAAACUGCUAGAGCAGCAAAGUCAGCAGCAGCUCUCAUGAAGAGGCACGUAAAUGAACUCAGGGAAGCACUUCACAAAACUACCUUAGAGAUUGUGCAGAAGGAAUGGAUGCAUGACGUUACCUUGUCCCCUUCCCAUAACAGCAGGCUUGUGUUCCAGAAGUGUUUUGCUAGUGAUGAUGACUUGUAUCCCAUCAUUCUAAACCUCAGUAGACCAAAAUUGCUGGAAAACAUUCAGUCUGCUGUGUCACAAGUGGCUAGGUCAAUAGAGUGUCUACAGUCUUGUGAGAGAACUUCUCUCACAGCAGAAGGACAGCUUGAGAGAGCAAUGGGAUGGGCUUGUGGUGGACCAAAUUCAACUGGAAAUUCAUCUGCCAAGGAUUCAGGAAUUCCUCAUGAAUUCCAUGACCACCUGAUGAGACGAAGGCAAUUGCUACGGGAAGCUAGAGAAAAGGCAUCAAACCUUGUCAAAAUUUGCAUGUCUGUGCUGGAGUUUGAAGCAUCUAGAGAUGGUGUUUUUAGGGUUCCAGGAGAUGUCUAUCCAUUGAGAACUGGAAGUGAUGGCAGGACAUGGCAGCAAGCCUACAUGACUGCAUUAACAAAAUUGGAGGUUACAUAUCAUUCUUUUACACGUACUGAGCAAGAAUGGAAGCUUGCUCAAAGCAACGUGGAAGCUGCUUCAAAUGGCUUAUAUUCCACAGCUAAUGAACUAUGCAUUGCUUCUCUUAAGGCAAAAUCUGCUUCAGGUGAUUUGCAAUGCACUGUUCUUGACAUGAGAGAUUGUGCAUGUGAAGCCAGUGUUGCACUGUCUGCUUUUGCUCGUGUAGCUAGAAGCCAUACUGCUUUGACUUCUGAAUCUGGUUCCAUGCUUGAAGAGGUUCUUGCUAUCACUGAAGAUCUGCACGAUGUUCAUAAUUUGGGAAAGGAGGCUUCUGCUGUGCACCAUUCUCUUAUGGAUGAUCUUUCAAAGGUAAAUGGAAUUCUUCUUCCAUUAGAAUCUGUUUUAUCUAAGGAUGUAGCUACUAUGACUGAAGCUAUGGGUACGGAAAGAGACAGCAAGACAGAAGUAUCUCCAAUUCAUGGACAAGCUAUAUAUCAGUCUUACAGUUUAAGAGUUAGGGAGACUUAUCAGAACUUCAAGUCCUUGGUACCAUCACUUAUAUCAUCUGUGAAAGGAUUACAUGCUUUGUUCAUCAGGCUUGCACAAACUGCAAGCGUCCAUGCUGGCAACCUUAAUAGAGCUCUUGAAGGUCUAGGUGAAAGCCAGGAGGUAAAAUCACAGGGAAUUAGUUUGUCAGGUCCAGAUCUUGCUGGUGAUUCUACUGAAUCUGAGGAACUAGGCAGAGAGAGCCUCUCCAUAUCAGACAGUGGAAAUAUCAAAGAUUCUGUUGAUUUGACAGAACUUUCUUUGCAAGACAAAGAAUGGAUAUCUCCACCAGAUAGCAUUGGCAGUAGCAGUGUGGAAUCUGGAAUUACCUUGGCUGAAACUAGUCUUCCUGAGAACUUCAAUGAUCCAGCUGAGGUCAUGGAAAAGCUUUCUCAUGGGUCUAAUCAGAGGAAGGUCAGAGAUGAUCUUAAUUCUGUUCCAUCUUUGCAAAGUGAUUCUGAUGAAGCCCCACAAUGUCAGCUCCCACUCUCCAAGAAUAUGGAGGUGAGCAAUAUUGAUGCUUGUUCUGUGAAGUCAGCAACCAAUGAACCAAAUGAAUGUAUGGAAACCACGGCAUCAGCCAAUGAUGAAGCUAUAAGCACACGUGUUGACUCUUCACAGCCUUUGAAAAGGGAAAACUUGGAACAUGAAACUGGGGGUAAGGAUGAAAUAUUAUCCUCAUCAAACAAAGUUAAGCUUGGUGAUGAAAUCCACGAAGUUUCAAAUCCUAACAUGCAAACUGCUGGUCCUUUAGCAAGGGGUAAAAAUGCUUAUGCCUUGUCAGUACUAAAGCGUGUUGAAAUGAAAUUAGAUGGACGAGACAUUUCUGAGAACAGGGAAAUUAGUAUUGCAGAGCAAGUAGAUUAUCUACUGAAGCAAUCUACCAGCAUUGAUAACCUUUGCAACAUGUACGAAGGUUGGACACCAUGGAUCUGAACUUGUGAAGACUGCAUUCAAGCAGCAAUAUUGUAUUCUUUGUUAAAGGCAGAGUUACGAGCUUGUUGGGGCUUCUUCAGUUACCUGGUGUGUUGAAAGACUACAGUUGCAUUUCAAAGCACCUCCUGUUAUUGGGAAAAUGGGAUCAAAGCCAUGAGACCUAUUUUGGCGGAAAAAAAUGCACCUUUGGGCUUAAAGAAAUGUGUUAUCAUACCUGGAAAAAUUGAUUACUUGUGGAUAGUGAGGGACAAAUGCUAUGCUUCAACUCUUCUUCAAGAUAAGCAGCAUCAGAAGUGCUGACCUGAAAGUGAGAUACUAACUGUUCCUAGGCUUCAGCCGGACUACAUUUUACGAAGGGUUGUUGCCUUCUCUGCUUUGGGGCCUUACGAAUCAUACAGCUUUUCAUUGAUGUUCAAAUCCUUAAGUUUUGGAAGGCUUUGGCCUUACCUCCCAGUGACCCAUUCUUUUAGCAAAGGAUGGAAGCUAUGCCAAUGCUUUGUGCUUUCAAGAGAGAUGGCCCUCAGAUAGGGAGAAGCACUCAUGCAAGCAGAGGUGGAAGAACCAGAAGCAAGGGCCAAAAUGCAUGCAAUUCACAAAUCGAGCAGCCAGAGUUAGAUGCUGCCAUGUUUUCCUUUGCCAAAUAUCAUUAUCCUUUAAACCGUAUAUGAACAUUAUAACAGAUCAUCCUCAAAUCUAUAUGUAUAAUUGGGUCUCAAGGUCUUCCAAUGUCUGUAUAAACUUAUUUGGGAUAUGUUUGUACUGGGGCAAUUCGCAGCAGAUGAAGCCCAUGAUCAAUUGUUCCAGGCCCUUGGAAGCCUUUUUGAAAUAAGAAAUCUGGAAGCCCAAU